UCGGCUGAAUUAAGAAAAUGUAAAAGAAAAACUUGUCAAAUUGCUGGUACUUAUGGCAACUGGACAAAGUCUUCCCCGUGCAGUGUCACGUGUGGUCAAGGUGUUGAAAUAUGGACGCGACUAUGUUAUGUUCCGCCAGGAGAGUUUAGUGAGAAUUGUAGUAAGCAGGGAGCAGCUUAUCGGGUUCAAGUAUGUGAGAUGAAACAUUGCUCAGACUCUUCACAUUCCGCAACUCCAGAGAACCGCCCUCCAGAGUACGGCAAUCUUACACCUGAUGGAAAUCCGAUUCCACAACAUUCGCGUGGUGUUGUGCUGUGGAGAAGAGAUUAUGUCAACACACAUUCUUCGCAGAGAUCUUGGUAUGACAGACUCCAACUAUUUCCACCAUUGGCGGUUGAAUGGCUUCGAAACGCAUGGGGAAAUGUUGAUGAGUCUGGCAAGCAUGUUUAUGACGUCCUGGGACGUCAUGUCAAAAAUGUUUUCGUUCCGUACGACGAUUUGUGCUUAAAAACAAAUACGGUACAAGAGGGAAAUGGGACAGAACUUUACGACACUCCAGAACGACCCUCACCUGUCAUAUUACCUACAGAAAUUGCUAACUGUCCCACAACCGAGAUUGCUUAAUAAUUACAGGACAUCUGUCUCUCUUCCCUGGAAGUCGUGCUGGGUUUUUUAACUUUGCUCAUGACCGAUCAUAAAAUUUACUUCGUCACAGUAGCUUAGUAUGUUUUUUUAUUUGCAUAUUCUUUAUAAACAUCAGUGUAGUUUUCUUGUAAUUUUUGUCUCGCAUAUUCAACCCGGGAUGCCGAAGCAGUUGGGGCAGGAGGGGCAGCUGCCCCCUUGCCUUUUGCUAGCAGGGACAAGGGGAACAAAGGUUGUUUACCAUUUACAUGGGAAACCUAUCCGGUUUGAAAUUGUGCUAAUGGUAAGCAAAAUAUUUGUUAAAAAUCCCAUUCGGAUUAUGCGCUUUCCAUUUA